AUGUGCUACUACGGUGGAUAUUAUGGAGGCCUGGGCUGUGGCUAUGGAGGCCUAGGCUAUGGCUAUGGCUGUGGCUAUGGUGGCUAUGGUGGCUAUGGUUAUGGCUGCUGCUGCCCCCUGUGCUGUAGAAGGUACUGGUCCUGUGGCUUCUACUGA